AUGGCAGGGAUAUUCCUGAACCUGUUCAAUUGGCUCAGAUCGCUAUUCUUUGCCAAGCAUCUGGAAGUUACAAUCGUGGGAUUACAGGCUAGUGGAAAGACAUCAUUGGUGAAUGUGCUAGGAUCUGACCAAUGGUCGGAAGACGUGGUUCCGACGGUGGCUUUCAAUCUUCGGCAAGUGCGGAAAGGCAAUGUGACCAUGAAAGUCUGGGAUGUAGCUGGGCAACCAAAGUUCAGGGGAAUGUGGGAUCGAUACUGUCGGGGAGCGGACGCCAUCAUAUAUGUGGUAGAUGCAGCAGACCGCAACUCCAUCCCGACAGCCACAUCCGAGCUCCACGCACUCCUUUCACUCCCCUCUCUCCAAUCAGUCCCAUUACUAGUCCUCGCCAACAAGAACGAUCUGGAAGUAGCUUUAGGGGUUGACGAGUUGAUCAAGGAAAUGCGGCUGGGGGAUAUAGGCGGCAGGGUCGUUUCGUGCUACUCUACAAGUAACAAGACAAAGCACAACCUCGACAUUGUGCUCGCCUGGCUCACUCAGAGGGCUCAUUGA